AAUCAAAGAAAUUGACAGAAGAUUUGAGAGAAAUUGAACAACGUUUGGAAAGAACAAUACUGAAACGUCUGGAUGAAAUUGAACGACGGUUAGGAGAAAAAUGUGAUGAAAUGAAUAAAAUUGUCAAAUUGUCGAAAUCAGAAUCGUUGAAUGCUCUUCAAGUGGCACAGAAAGCGUCAGAAUCAAGUGAACUGUCAGCUGAAAAAGCAACACAAGCCAAUAGACAAGCAAAACAAUUAGUUGACUCUACGGAACAACAACGACAAGUAAUGAAGUCAACUACCGAUUCAUGUGUUCAACAGGUUCAACGCACAAUAGCAGAACAAAAAGACAAAUAUGAACGGUCUCUAGGUGAUGUACGUACAAAAGCUCAACAGGAUCUGGAACGAUUAAAACAAGUGAUAGAAACAGCAGCAACAAAUGCCAAAGAAUCUGAACGAGCAGCAAAAGAAACAGCAAAAAUAUCAAGAGAUCAAUUGGAUGUACAAAAACGAGAAAGUGAAAAUCUUAUGACAGUCGCAAAACAAUUAGCACAAAGCAGCGAAAAAUCAGCUCGAGAAGCACAUGAGGCUGAAAAAGAAGCAAAACGAGCACUAGAUGCAGCAGCAGCAGCACAAGAAAAGAUACAAAAAAUAGCAAAAAAACAUGAAUUCAAAUCGUAA